AUGCGCCAGGCUUACCUCUGGGGUCCGGAUCCUGGCACUGGCCGAGAUUGGUCAUCCGAUAGACUCCGUGAAGUGCUAAAGCGAGAAACCACUAUUGGGCUUAAUGGUCAAGCUAUUCAUUUGAACGCUUACCGGGAUAUUGCUAUUGGCAUUAGCCGUCGCUUCAUACGGCUAUCUAGCGUAUUUCCCAAUAAUACGCAGCAGGACGUGCGAGCCGAGGCUUCACAAGAGGAUGACGAAGAGGGCAUGAAUGCUAAGCAAUGGAUAGGUCACAUUGCUGACCUCCAGGCGGCCUAUUCAUCGCACGUUGCCGGCAUGAUCUACGGUCGUGGCAUCACUGAGCAGCCCGGCUUUGUGUCCACGGAUAACGGGGGUGCCGAGAGUCGUACGGAGCGUCGGUGGCAAUUGACGCAGGCAGCCAUAGAGCCGGAGAUACAGCGCAUGAUGGGUAAUAGCGAGCUACGCCUCCGAGGGGUGCAAGCACCAGCAUUGGAAGCUAUUCAGCAAGGCCAGAGCCCGGUGGUGGCCGUUAUGCCAACCGGGGGUGGAAAAAGCUUACUUUUCAUGCUUCCCGCGUGGAUCAGCCCCCGUGGGGUCACGGUGGUGGUAGUGCCAUUAAUUGCAUUACGGGGUGACAUAGUGCAUCGAUGCCGGCAGCUCGGCAUUUCAUGCGUGGCGUGGGAGAGCCGUCGGCCGGCAGACCAGGCAUCCAUUGUGCUAGUGACGCCAGAGUCAGCUAUUACGGAGGAUUUCAUGACAUUUUUGAACCGCCAGCGGCUAUGUCAUCGGUUAGAUCGCAUUGUGAUCGAUAAAUGCCACGUCGUAUUAAACGAUCAGACCAAUUUCAGGCCCGCCAUGGCUCAAUUAGGUCGAUUGCUCGUGGCUCAGGCUCAGAUGAUAUAUUUGACUGCCACGCUGCCACCGACGGCCGAAAACCAGCUAUUUCAACGUCUACGCACGUCGCGAGAGAAGGUCCAUUUAUUUCGGUCACGCACCCAUCGCAUGAAUGUCGCGUACCGGCUAUGGCAGCCCACGGUGCCGAACCAAUACGCCAAUAGCUACCAUUGGGCCGGCCGAGUGGUCAUUUACGGGCCCACCACUAAGGCUAUUGACAAACUAGCCCAGUUAGUCGAAUGUGAGGCAUAUCAUAGUAAGACGAUCGAUCGCAGUGGCGUACUGGCCCGUUUCCAGGCCGAUACCACGGGGGUAGUGGCCGCUACUACUACACUUGGUAUGGGUGUCGAUAUACCCAAUAUUCGUAGUAUUAUUCACAUUGGGUUACCACGCAGCUUAUUGGACUACGCGCAAGAGAGCGGCCGUGCUGGCCGAGACGGGCGUCGCAGUGAGGCUAUUAUUGUUCAACCCCACGGGUUUUUACGGCCGAAAUGGGACCCAAUUCAUGAAGACCCCGUGAAAGCACAGGCGGAGCAAUACCGGCUAGACCGAUAUAUAUCUCCAGACUGCCGACGCGUCAUACUUAACGAGUAUUUAGAUAGCUACCAACGGCAAUACUGUAGAGAAUCUGAUGAUACAGAGCAGCGCUGCGAUAGGUGUGACGAGCAUUGGCAGGCAAAUGAAGAGGUAGUAAGUGAGCUAGCAAGUGAGCUAGGAAGUGAGGCGGCACGUCAGCUAGGAAGUGAGCCGGCACGUCAGCUAGCAAGUGAGCCAGCACGUCAGCUAGCAAGUGAGCCAGCACGUCAGCUAGCAAGUGAGCCAGCACGUCAGCUAGCAAGUGAGCCAGCACGUCAGCUAGCCAGUGAGGCGGCAAGUCAGCUAGGA